AUGAUGAACUCUCUAUGUAGGAUCAGUUAUCAAACAAAAAUUGCUCCAUUAAGGUUUUUUUCUGUUUCUGCAGUUCAGAACGCAAAGCAUUCAUGUAAAGUGCUAGUAAUUGGGGGUGGAUCGGGAGGUUGCACAAUAGCUGCAAAGUUUGCUAGGAGAUUAAAAAAAGGAUCUGUCAUUGUUUUGGAGCCAAGUCCUGACCAUUACUAUCAACCACUAUUUACUCUCGUGGGGGCCGGAGUGACUUCAGUGGCAGCGACACGGCGUAGUGCGAAGAGUGUUCUACCCUCCAACGCAACUUGGGUCAAAGAUACCGCGCAAUGUAUAGAUGCUAAGAACAAUGUCGUUAGAACAGCUGAAGGUCAUGAAAUUAACUACGAUUAUGCAGUUAUCGGUGUCGGAUUGCAGUAUGAUUAUGAUAAGGUUCCCGGCCUCCGAGACGCCUUGAACGAUAAAGCCAGUUGUGUGUCAACGAUAUAUUCUCCUGACUAUUGUGAGAAAACCUGGAAUGACAUCCGUAACUUCAAAGGUGGUGAGGCAGUGUUCACAUACCCGGAUACGCCAAUAAAAUGCCCGGGUGCUCCACAAAAGAUCGCAUACAUGGCAGAUGCGUACUUUGAUAAGACGGCAAUUCGCUCGCGGGUAAACAUUACAUACAACACUUGUCUCCCAGUAAUUUUCGGUGUGAAGAAAUAUGCUGAUGUCCUCAUGGAAGUCGUCAAGAAGAAACGAAUCAACGUGAACUACAAGACAGUGCUCAAAGAGGUCCAUGCGGAUAAGAAGGAAGCUGUGUUUUUCGUUACUGAUGAUAAGAGCAAGGAAAUAACACUCCCAUACGACAUGCUGCACGUGACACCGCCUAUGUAUACACCUGAAUUUCUCCGGAACAGCCCCGAUAUUGUGGAUGGAAAUGGUUACCUGGAUGUGGAUAAGUUUACCCUUCAGCAUAAGAAGUACCCGAAUAUAUACGGCAUUGGUGAUUGCACAAACACACCUAAUAGCAAGACUGCGGCUGCUAUAGCUAAACAAUCAUACGUCGUUGAACAUAACCUCCUCAGUACGAUGUCGGGUAAACAAAGCCUCGAUCAGAAGUACAAUGGGUACGGCGCUUGUCCUAUAGUCACACAAUAUGGCAAGUGUAUACUCGCGGAGUUCUUAUACGAUGGCGUGCCAAGGGAGACAAUGCCCAUUAACCAGGCACGGGAAAGUACGAUGGCGUACUACAUGAAGAGGGAUCUUUUCCCAUUCCUCUAUUGGCACUUCAUGUUGAAGGGGUACUACCAUGGGCCUGAGUGGGUGCGGAAGUUAAUCAAUCCUCUAGCUAAGUAA